AUGGCGGACGGCGCCAGCGGCCGCGGCGGUGGAGGCGGGGCCGGGCGGCGGGUGGGGGAGUACGAGCUGCUGCGUCCGAUCGGGUCGGGGGCGUACUCGCAGGUGUGGCUGGGGCGGCACCGGGCGCGGGGCACGGAGGUGGCGGUGAAGGAGAUCGCCAUGGAGCGUCUCAGCAACAAGCUCCGCGAGAGCCUCCUCUCCGAGGUCGACAUCCUCCGUCGCAUCCGACACGAUAACGUCAUCGCACUUCACGACUCCAUCAAGGAUCAUGGGAGGAUAUAUCUCAUAUUGGAGUAUUGUCGAGGUGGUGACUUACAUGCAUACCUUCAAAGCCAUAAAAGAGUUUCUGAAAAGGUUGCUAAGCAUUUCAUCCGUCAGUUAGCAUCUGGUCUGCAAAUGCUUCGCGAUAAUAACGUGGUUCACCGGGACCUAAAACCUCAGAACAUUCUUCUUGUUGAAAAUAAUGAAAAUUCUCUGUUGAAGAUUGCCGACUUUGGAUUUGCAAAAUUUUUGCAACCUUUUGCCCUAGCCGAAACACUUUGUGGUUCACCACUUUACAUGGCUCCAGAAGUCAUGCAAGCUCAGAAGUAUGAUGCAAAGGCAGAUCUGUGGAGUGUUGGUGUCAUUCUAUAUCAACUUGUUACUGGAAUACCACCUUUUAAUGGGGAUAAUCAGAUCCAGUUGCUUAAAAAUAUACUCAGGACACGUGAAAUACGAUUUCCAUCUGAUUGUGAGUUGAGCCAUGGCUGCAUCGACUUGUGCAGAAAGUUGCUGCAGCUCAAUUCAGUGGAGCGGCUUACAGUCGAAGAAUUUGUGCACCACCCAUUUCUUUCUGAACAUGCUCCAGAGAGGACCUUGAGCCGGACACCAUCUGACAUAAGAGAUGGCUUUCCAAUAAAUAAUAGCAGUCCAACAAGGCCUUCAAGCCAAAGUUCACAAGAAGAUUGUAUGCCUUUUCCUUUAGAUGAUGAGUCAAGUGGACAGGACGAUGGUCCAGUUCCUGACAGUAAGAGUCCGAUGAAAUCUUAUGGGUUUCCCACGGGUAAAAGAUUGGAUAAAACUUCAGGCCAGAGUCCAUCGAAACAUACCAGUCUGUUCUCCAGGUAUGUCUUGGGCAACAAUCAUGCACCUAGUAGCCAACACCAUGGCCAUACUGGUAAAAUGACAAAGGAAAGCAAGAUUCAUGAAGUACAAGGUCCGAAAGGUGUUUAUCCAGAAGAUUCCCCUAUCAUUGAUUCAUUAGAGUUUGUAGAUCAGGAAUAUGUCUUUGUGUCUGGACCACACCCGGAGGGAUCAUCGUCUUCAACAAAUGCCUCUCAGCAGCUUAACUUACCUGCAAAAUAUGAUAAUUCGUCUGUUUCGCCACCGAAGUUAACUUUCUUGAGUGCACCAAUGCCGAUAAAUGGUUUGCCGAUUAAUAGACAACAAUCUGCUGGGACUGGUAGCUUCGACAGCCACUGUUCUCCAGCAUCUGGCACUUCACAGGGAUCUGCGGAUAUAAGUGAUGCCAUGGAUCAGCCCCCAUCAGAUUAUCUGACGAGGAUUAGAUUGUUGGAGCAAUAUGCGUCAGCCAUAGCAGGGUUGGUCAGAGAUGAGAUCAAAGGUGGCAGACACUUGGAGGCAUUCUCUAUUCAGCUAAUCGUUCUUGCAACCUGGAAGCAAGCAAUUCAUUUAUGCAAUACCUUUGUCGCUUCACCUGCAAGGGAGAGUCCCUCACAUGAUAUCCCUAUGAAGGAGCUUAGUGCUGAUGCUUCCCAUUUGCUUGCGAACUCAAAGCUAGCUGAUGAUGCCUGCAUGCAGAUAGAGAAACAGUUUCUCUCUGAAGUUGAAUAUGCCGAAGAACUAGCCAGCACUGUAGGACAGAUAGCUGAUGGUACAGAGAUGCCAGAUGCAAUUGAAAUAAUAUUUCAGUCGGCUUUACUUAUAGGAAGGCGAGGCGGUGUUGAUGAGAUGUUUGGGAAAGCAGCGGAUGCCAUGACUGGGUAUAUGAGGGCGGUAUCCAUGCUGCGGUUUCUCUUGAUCGAGGCACCAUCACUUGCCCUCAGCCCCCCUUUGACUCUGACAAGAUCCGAUCGGCAUCGACUGCGCACAUAUAUUGAAGCUCUCAACACCAGGCUCUGUCAGAUGCAGAGCCAGAGGCAUUGA